UCAUAUUCAGUUCUACAUGAAAUCAUGGAUUCUUGUGGUGAAACACAUGUUGAUGCAAGAACGAAAUACUCCCGCAUUUCAUUCAUGCGUGAACAAGAGCCGAAUUUACUGUCAGAAGCACCGAUGUAGCCUGUUAAAAAGUGUCCUAAAUCACAAUCGGAGGAAAUGUAAUGAAACAUUACCACAGAAGCACGCGAUAUGCGCCUCACAGUCCAACAUCAAAACGAGCACAGAACGGAAAAACACUACAAGAGGCGAGGCUUGUUUACCGUUUUUGGUGUCUUCCGCAAACCUGACACCGCAAUUAAUCUCGGAGUGGAAACUGGCUGGAUAUUAUCCGCCCGAGCUCUUUUCUUCCUCAUAUGUUUCUCGGUAGUCACGCCUCUUCUGCAGCGGUGAGAGACUCAACAACUUAUCAUCGCAUUUCUGCGUAUUGACUACAAUGGCAUCAAACCUACAAGAAAAUGUUCUUCAAGACCAAACAAUAAUGAAUAAUCAGUCCACAGAGUCAUGCUCUUCACUCGGCGUUGAAGAAACUCCUAAAGAGGAGAUCCGAACUUUGAAGUCUUUACUGCAGGAAAGCUUAAGAAAGCGAUAUGAAGACACCCUAAAGGCUCCAGACGAGAUUCCUCUGAAGAUGUAUGUGUCAAGCAGGACACAUCUGGAUGGCCAGAUUGUGCAUGAGAUGCGUGAGCUGGAAAGACCCUACAAUGAGGACAUUAAAGAUGAAAAUGUCAUUAAUUAUGAUGAUCUCCUGAAGCCUCGUUCUUCUACGGACGGGCGUAUCCGCAGCAUCAUGAUGAGAGGAAUAUCUGGAUGUGGCAAGACAACAGCUGUGAGGAAGUUUGUUUCAGACUGGGCACAUGGCAGAACACACCAGCACAUUGAUUUUGUGUUUCCCCUUCACCUGUGUGAGCUGAACAUACUGCAUGACAAGAAACUCAGCCUGAUAGAGCACUUAGAUUUGCUCUUUCCAAAGUUAUUGAAGCCGGAGACCCUUGAAGGAUCUCAGAUCCUCUUUAUAUGGGAUGGACUUGGUGAAUUUAGAUUUACUCUUAAAUUUAAGCGAACCAAGACAUGCACUGACCCAGUAACUCCGGUUUCUGUAGGCUGCAUGCUAGUGAAUCUUCUCAAAGGGAACCUUCUUCCUUCUGCCCAGAUCUUGGUCACUUCAAGGCUAAAAGAUGCAGGUCUAAUUCCUCCAGAAUAUAUCCAGAGGGUGGUUGAACUUCAUGGGCUUGAUGACUUACAGUGGGAAGAACUGAUCAGAAGUGAAGUGCGUGACCAAAACGUUGCUGCAAGAGCGAUUGUUCACGUGAAAUCAUCCAGAUCCCUGUACAUCAUGCGCUCCUUGCCAUUCUUCUGUCAGAUGGCUUCCACUGUGUUGGAAGAGCUUUUCAGUAACUGUUGCAACACAGAUCCUCCUCUCACCCUGACAGAGAUGUUCACACAUUUUCUCCUGAUUCAAAUGAAGAGACAUGUGGAGAAGUCUGCUAAAUCAAGCACUGAGGAGAUCCUGAAGUUGGGUGAGCUGGCUUGGCACAUGCUGGAAAAGAACACGUUGACCUUUAUGGAGAAGGACCAGAAAGAAACCAAUACUGAUCCUCUUCUUCCUGUCAAACUCUCUGAAGAUUGGCCCAUGUUUUUCAGAAAACAGCACCUGAUGGGUUUAGGGAAAAUGUACCGCUUCACGCAUCCCUGCGUCCAAGAGUUCCUGGCAGCAUUAUAUGUUGCUGUGCAUUAUGAACCCAGCAAGGGAAAUGUAAUGUCUUUUACGCUUGCAGAAAAAGCUAAAAUGUUGCUCAGUCCUACAGACGUACCACCUGAUAUGCACAGAAGAGCAGUAGAUAGAGCUUUAAGGAGCAAAACUGGCCAACUAGACAUCUUUCUCCUCUUCCUCUUGGGCAUCUGUGCAGGUCCAAGCAACAAGCUCCUGUCCUGCUUUUUCCAAAAUACAUCUCUUCGUGUAAGGACAGAGGAUGUAGUCAAAAAUAUUUUACAGAAAAUCAAGGCAAAGCCAUUAUUUGAGAUCUCAGUUAAUCUCUCUCGUUGUUUGGAGGAGCUUGACGUAGCCCUGCCUGUGGUUCAGAAUCGAGGCCCGGUUGAAUUUCAGAUGGAUGAGGAUGUGCACGUCACUCCUUCAGAGUGGUCACAUAUAGCCACUACUCUGCUGACCUCCGAGGAUUCAUCACUGACAUUUGAUGUCAGCAAAUACGCUAAAGUAGAUGAAGCCAUUAUGAGACUGCUGCCCGUCAUCAAGAUCUCCAGAGUCCUCAGACUGGAUGAGGCCACAGAUCUGAGCUGGGCACUGAUCGCCUCAGCUCUUAGAUCACCAGCCAAUCGGAUCAGAGAGAUCAACAUCGAGAAGAACGCCCUCAGUUAUAUAAACUUGAGCGUAUUAUCCGUUGGUAUGAGCAGCCCUAAUUGCAAAGUGGAGGCACUCAGGACACCAUAUUUUGGUUAUCGAAAGGAUGGUGAUCAUCUGCUCUCAGGGAUUUUAUUGAACCCAACACAUUUGAGAGAGCUGAAGCUGCUGAAUUCAUUCAGAAAGAAUGACAGGACAGUGGAGAGCAUCUCUCAAAUCUUAAUGGACCCGGAUUGUCGCCUUGAAAAUCUCACUUUACAAGGAAUAGAAACCUUAGAGAGUUGUAAGAUCUUGGCCGCAGCUCUCUGUAGCAGUUCUUGUCGUCUGCAAGAGCUAGACUUGAGGAGAUGCUAUUGGAGUUCUGAAGAUCAGGCUCUACAGCUUCUGUCGGAGGCAUUCAGACACCCGAACUUCAAAGUAACAGUUCUGAGGUUGGAAAUAAAGCAUGAAACAGCAUCAGCAUUGUUCUCUGCUUUUCAAGAGAACCCUUCACACCUAAGAAAACUUGAACUAAGUUUGUUUUUACGGUUGACUCUUGGACUUCAACAACUUUUCUCUCUGCUGGCGGAUCCUUGCUUCAAACUAGAGACAUUGCGGAUAGCUCACCCAUGCUAUGAUAAUCAGUUAGAUGUUGAUUCUCUGGAAACUCUGGCUUCAGUUCUUGGAUCUUGCAGCCUCAGAUCUCUGGAUCUCAGCAUGUGUGGCCUGACAGAUUCUUCUGUGGGGCUGCUUUCUGCUGGACUGAGUAACCCUGGCUGUAAACUGGAGAUACUCCGGAUGACACACUGCAGCAUCACAGAAGCAGGAGCUGCUUGUUUGGCGAGGGCUCUCUCUUCCAACCCAUCACACAUGCGGGAAAUAGACUUGAGCAUCAAUCCUGUUAAAGGCCCAGGAUUUGACCAGCUCCGAUCCGUUUUGGAAGAUCCAGCAACCCGAUUAGAGAAAUUAAUUGUGGACGGCCUAGAGGAGCAACGUGACAUGGAAACUCUACGACAAUAUGCGUGCCAGCUGACUUGGGAUCCAAACACCGCUUCUUCAAGUGUGCAGGUGUCAGAGGAAGAUAAGGCUCUUGUAAAGUAUCGCAGAAACCCAGAACCUGUUCCACAUCAUAAAGAAAGGUUCAUAAAUCAAAACCAAAUCAUGAGUCGGGAAGGUCUUAGCGGCCGUCAUUUCUUCCAGCUGGAGUGGUUUGGCAGGUGGGCCACUAUUGGAAUGGCCUAUAAAGGCAUAAGCAGGAAGGGAAGUUCAGCAGCCUGUAGCAUUGGACUUAAUAAUAAAUCCUGGGGCAUUUUUGUUACCACCCCCUUACCCAGAUGUAUUGCUCUUCAUGGAGGAGUAGAGAUGCGGCUUCCAGACUGCUCACCCUGGAGAGUCGGAGUCUAUCUGGACUGGGCAGCAGGAACUCUGUCCUUAUACGACACCACAGGUGACAAGGCUGAACUCAUCCACACUUUCCACGCUAAGUUCACUCAGCCUCUCUUUCUGCUGGUCAGUAUUACUGCUGGAGUGAAGAUCUUACCGGACAUGCCUCCUCCUGUCUGUGUCCAUGACCACGAUCCCUGGGAUAUGUUCAGGUGCUACAAUGACUGUAAGGGAUGUAACGGAUCAAAGGCUUGAUAGAUAAACCAAUGUGCUCUCUGAAUAUCUGAUGAUAGUGUUUGUAUCCAUGCUCAUCUGGAUUCAUUAAAUGUACUUAGACAGAGAGAGCAGUUGAUCCACUAGAGGGAGACAUUCUCUUAUAAAACCUGAUCUUAAAGAAAAUGCACAUUCUGUCAUCAUUUACUCAUCCUAGUGUCAUUCCAGACCUGUAUGACUGGCUUUCUUCUGUGGAACACAAAAGAAGAAAUUUUACAGAAUACAAACCGUUUUGGUUCCCACUGACUUCCACUGUGUGGACAAAAAACACUAUGAAGGUCAAUGAGAACCAGAACUGUUUGGUUCCUGACAUUCUUUAAAAUGUCUUCUUCUGUGUUUCACAGAAAAAAGUAAGACAUACAGGUUUAGAAUGACAUGAGGAUAUGGGUAAAUGAUGACCGAAUUAUCAUUUUUGGGUGCAAUAUUCCUUUAAGAUCAACGCGGCAUAAAGUCAGUUACACAGGUUUGCAAUAACAUGAGAAAAUUAUGACAGACUUUUUAUUUUCAUUCAUCAACUGUCCCUUUAAGUACAGAGAGGUGUUUCUUACCACAGUGAUCUGAAACGAAUAUUUUACAUUUUUACUGGAUAGGUCACAUUAAUAACUCCAACCUACAACAUAUUUGCUGAAUGAAAUCCAAUGCUAGUUUCUAAUUCAUUUAUUUAUUUUAAUUGCAACCGAUUUAACAUCUCACAUGUAAAAGAUAUUAUUUUAUGCCUAAUCCUGAUUUCCACUUUUCCACUCCUUUGUAGAUUGUAAGUUAAAAAUAAUAAUAAUAAUAAUAAUAAACUUUAUUUUAUAUAGCGCCUUUAAAAGUAGCAUCUCAAAGCACUUUACAUAAAAAUAUGAAAUUAAAAGAUACACAUAACAGUGCAGGCAGUAAAAAACUAAUCAAAAAAAAAAAUAUAUAUAUAUAAUAACAAACAAAGUAAUCACAUAAAAGCUAUCCUAAAAUAGUAUGUUUUAAUAGUAUGAUGCUAUUUUAAAGAUCAUUAUUUUGUGUAUUUGGUGUAAUAGAAUAUGUUGAUAUGCUUUAAUGUUCAGAUACUGUAGAUUAUUGUAGUUCCUCUAUGCCCCGCCUCUCUCAAACGCAUAAAGCCCCUCCUUCCGACAAGCGCAGUCUGCUCUGAUUGGCCAGCUGACCCAGUGCAUUGUGAUUGGCCGAACACCACAAGCACGGAAAUGUAACGCCCCUUUCCAUAAGCGCAAGCUUCAGCUUUCAAUAUAAAUGCAAAGACAGUAAAUAAUGUCCUUAGUUUUACCAUCAGUUCAAGCCCGAAAGGGGAACAGAGACAGACACAGUGAUGAAGCUUGUAUGUAUUUGCAGUACACAAGCCGUGAUUAAAAGCUGACUCCACUGAUGCAGAGGCGUAGUAAUAGGGCAGGCAAUUGCCUGGGGCCCCACAUUUUGAGGGGGCCCCGACAACUGACCAUUUGAACAAUCGGAAAUGUCAUUAUUAAUAUAACAUGGAACAAUAUAUCUGCAUCUCCCCUAGGGGGCCCCCUCUCGCAUUACGCUGGAUGCGCUUGUUUUUGUUUUUACUUGCCCGACCGGACAAAUAACUUGAUUAGACAUAAG